AUGGAGAUGGAUGAUGAAUGGGGCAUCCACAGCAGGCUCGACUACACUAUGCUAGACCCAAACGGCUCGAACAAGGCACUGGAUGCAAUCAAGUGCGUUGCACUCGGCGGCAAUAUGAUUCGCAAAGACGGCUGGCUCGAGCCCUGGUCUACCAAGGGUGAUACGCUGCAAGAGCGCCAACAGUGGCUACAAGACAUGGCUAACUUUAUAUCGGGUAUCCGUUGUGCAAAGAACCUCGACCGCAAGCAGGAGGGCUCACGCGACUGGCCGUAUACACAUGAGGCGCUCAAAACACUCCAGAUGGAGCACAUGAUGGAGGAGCAGCUUGCAGAGCUCAAGCUACACCUCUACCUCUGCUAUACACUAUUGUCGCUUGGGCGUGGCCAUCUGCCGGCCAAGAACCGAAUUCUGCCUGAUGGCAACUUCCUACACUGCCUGGUGUGUCAUGGGAGAGAUGCAAAGGAGAACAGUGAUAUAAUGCAGCAGCUAAACAAGUUGCCGGACGAGGAUUAG